GCUCAAGUCUACUUAUUGAUUGUGCUGGGAUGACAUGUGCCUGCCUGAAGGGAAAAGCCCUGAAUGGCGCAGCGCAGCGUUCCUCUCAAAGCUGCAGGUGUAAUUGCAGAUGGGGCUCGAGGAGAAGUCUGGCGGGCUGUUGCGCUCCAGGCACACUUGCUUGGCAAGCCACCAAGACCUGUUCGCACUCGCAGCUCAUCUGCUGGUGCACGCCAGGAAAGUCAAGUACAUUCUGGCUUGUCUCAGCCUUCCAGGAGUGCUCCGAGUGCAUCGGGAUUUCGACACGCGGAACUUGACUAUGACGAGAAGAUCCGACGCCAUCAGGCAUCCCUGUCGUUGGCACAGCGAAUGGGUCUUGUAGCUGAACCAGCACAGCCACUGACAAGUAUGCAGUGGGAGGUUGUGAAGCAUAGAUCUGACACUCGAGAAGACAGCGAAGUGCCGUGCAGUAUUUGUCUUGAGGACUUUCGGAUGCGCCCCCAAGUGAUCCUCAGUUGCAGCCACGUUUUUCACGGUGAGUGCCUGCGCAGCUUUGAGAGAUUUGCUGGCAAAAGGCAAUGCCCUCUAUGUCGAUGUCCCUAUUUUGAUGCAACAAUUCAUCAUUCAGGACUCAUGGUCUGGCGCAAAAAAUGCGCUAGUCGUAUUCAGCGGGCAUGGCGUGGCUACUUGAGCCGAAAAGAGCUGUUUAAUGAGCUGCGUCUUCCAAGCGUUCGCAAAGAGGCCCCUACACUGCAUAGACGCUUUUGUGGAAAGGCCCUUCAGGUCUUGGGCGGAAAGUUGGAGAAAGCCUGUGAGGACCAUGAAGAUGCUCUUGAUAAAUUCCUUGAGGAGCUGGAUGGAAGUGUGGCCAAGAGCUCUGCUGCUAUCCGUGACGGGUUGUGUGGCUUUGAGCAACUACAUGGAGGCAUUCAGCCUCCGCCUGAUGGUUCACAGGCAGAAGUCAUUUCCGCUGUCAAAGGCCUUUUGGAGGGACUUGCGAUUUGUGCCCGAACAUUUCGAUGUUUUGUGACAGUUGGCGUUCUGAGACGUGAGGGACAGAGCAAUGGUCAUGGUCAUCAGCACGGAGAGCUGCCCGCUGUCGUGGAGAAGAAGUUGACUGCCCGAUUUGUUUUCAACCUUGCCAUUUGGCAGAUCGACAAAGCGAUCGAGUGGAACUACUAUCCUGCACACAUGUAUUCCAUCGUUGCUGCAUUAUGUCCUUUGAAUCAUUCCAUGUCUUCGAAGUCCACCUCUGCCCAGUUUGUCGGCAGCACUAUGAGCGGCGUCCAUGGAACAGUGAGGCAAAGCCGGUGAAGUCAUGCCCUCCGGAAUGCAAAGGUGGCGCAAAAGCUCAACCUCGUCCUCCAAGGCUCAACUACAGAGUUCUUCGCGGCUGAAACUGUACAAAGCCGGAGCAAAAGGCUCCGAGUCGAAGGCCUAAAGCGGCCUGCUCCUUGAACAUUGACACGACAUAAAUGGCCACCUGUGGGCUGGUGGCAUGCCCUUACACCUUCCGUUUUGUCUAAUUUUUCUUGCAUUUAUCAUAUAUCUCACUCUUGUCGCUUUUGUCUUUGUUGGCCAGCUCUACAACCUGGUCCUCCUGAAAUGCCUCAAGCACAGCAGCUGGUCAAAGGCUCUGAAACUCUG